CAGACGACGAGUGGCAGUCGUACAAUAAAGACGUAUUUCGUAGUUUUACGGACAUCUGAAAAGUUGUCUGGCCAACUUUUUGUUCCAAACCGCAGCAAGCAACCAACACCCGAUAUACAAAAACAAGAAAGCAACAACUAAAUACUGCAUACAAUAUACGUAAAAAAACCAAGUACAACAGCAAAAUACUGAAGGCGCUCGCUCCUUUUACUUUUUCGCAUCGAAAAAAAAAACAACACACACACAAAACCAAAUCAAAAGUCAAUUGAUAUACUAGAUGACCGAUAAGGAUAACGUUUCAAUGGCAACCGUGCAAAUGAAGCCCGACUAUGCGGCUAGCGAGGUCUACAGCACCGCCAGUGAGCCGCCACCGCUUGGAUUGUUUAACUUUAAUCAUCAGGCCUACAAGCGCCAGUCGAAUUCGGUGAAGAUUGCCAAAAUCGCCGGCUUCACCAUCGUUGUGUCCUCCUUCAUUCUGGGCACCUUCAUUCUGGCCUCAUCGUAUCUGCAGGCUAAGGCCUCUUGCGAUCAGGUGCAGGCUCUAGACUCGGUGCUGGAGAAGGAACUGAUGCUGGAAACGUUGCAGCAGGUGAACAAGGAACUACCACGCGCCGAGGCUUUGCUGGGCAAGGAACAUAUCGACGAUGCCAAUUUGCAGCAUAUUGAUGAGCCGGCCAAUAAGAAGGUGGAAAUGAAGGGACAAGAGGCCAAUCCCGAGGAGGAGGGACGUGAUAGUUCCUACUCGGAGAGUGAUGAGACCGAGGAGUUGCAGAAGUAUCCCGGCAAAAUGCCGCUCGAGCUGGACUUGAGCGAUCUGGCUGCCGCCAUUUUGCGCAACAACAAGAAAUCCCGCAUGAACUGCGUCGUUGAGCGCAAACAUGCCGAGGAAAUUGUCGACUCUCCCUCAAAGACCGUGGCUCUGCCCUUUGGCGUCAAUCUGACCACCGAUCCCAAGAAGGCGCGCAUUACUGGCGAACGCAUCUCGAUCUUCUGCGAUGGCGGCGAUGAUAAGGAGGAGAAGGAAUCGAAACGUGCACGUGAGGAGGAUGACGAUUCUGAUGAAGAUGCCGAGCCAUUGCGCCCCAUGUUCAUUCCGUUCCAGCGCGUGCCCAUUCCCUUCGGUCGCAUGCCCGAUCAGAUGCCCUUGACUCACAUGCCCCAGCGCAUGAUGCCACCAGCAAUUCAGCAACAGCAGCUACCCCAGCAGGGACCCAUCAUCAUUCGCCAGUUGCCUCCUCCGUUCCAGCACCUGCCCAUGCGCCCACCCAUGCCACCUCAGGUGAUGCACGCCCCACGCAUGGAAUCCCAAGAGCAGCCACAAACUGUGCGCAUUCACGUCCAGCAGAUCCCCUUCCGCCAGAUCCAUAUGGCCGAUGAUACACCCAUGCAGAUCCCCGCCAACCAAGCCCCACAGCAGCAAAUGCAACAGCGUGAGAUGCCCCAGAUCCAGAUCCAGCAUAUGCCUUUGGGCAUGGCUCUCCAGCGUGUUGGCAUAACUGCCGAUGAUUUGCGCAACAUUCAGCGUUUGGCCGAGGAUCGCAUCACCGAGGAACUGCGUCGUUUUGCCGCCGAAGAGAGCUCCGACUCUUCGGAGAACAAUAGCUCCAGCUCCAGUGAUGAGGAUGAACAUAGCAACGUUGAAUCGACCUCAGUCGAGCACAGCGAGGGCACAACUCCGGCUCAGACUCAAACCACGCAGCCAGAGCACCGCGAGUCAGUGGAGCCUCAGAACCGAGAACAGCAGGCGCCCCAAUUGCAGGUGCAGCGUCUGAUUCUGCAGCCUUUGCCCGAGCAGCCACGCGAUACCAUGUCCCCACCCAUGCCCGAUCAGCCACAACAAUUGCAGUUCGGUCGCAUGGUCUACGGGCGCAGUCUCGCCCAACCCGUGCGUAUUCCGGUGCCCAUGAUGCAGCCCGAGGGCAACCCAUCGGCUGCGCACGAGGAGUCCGAGCGACCACACUUCGUCCACCCACGUUCCGUUUAAGUAACAACAACGCCGCGCCUGUGAUUGCUGCUCUGCGAAUCGAAUCCCGAAGUCGUCAUUAUCAAAAUUAAAAUACAUAGUAUAUCUGCGUUGUUGUCGUCUCCCGCAAUCGAUUCGAGACAUCUCAAACCUUUAUAAGUGUAGCAGCCCAAAACGCCAAAAGAAAAAGGAAAAUAAUAAAUGAAAUUGUUUUGAGUUUUGGCUUAUCUCUCCCCGCUGUCUCUUAUUUUCUUAAUAUAUAUACAUAUGUAUACUUUCAAAUAAAUAUUGUACCAUAUAUGUAUCUGCGUGUAUAACAUUCCAAUCGGUCCUACGUGAACUUUUUGUUAAGAAACGAAAAAAAAAAAACAUAAAAUUGUAAUUGCACAUUUUUAGAUUGUCUACAGUUUUGUUUUUGUUAAAGUCUCGUCUUUUUUCACUAAUAAAUCCGAUGAAAUUUGUACAUAAAUCA